UCCAACCGAAACCUGUCUUCGCUUCCACGGAACACCUCCCCACCCCGAUACGCGAUCCCCGUCCCACCACGCCACCACCUGGCGGCGCAUCACCCGGCCGGUAUAUAGGACGAUCGAGCUGCCGGCGGAUCGUCCUCCCCUCACGUUACGUCGAUCCCCUUCCACGUCCGCUCACCGCUUCUUUAAUCCCGCCUCCCCAUUUCUUUAUCCCCGCCACGCAGAUCGGGGAUCAUCACCCCAUCAUUCUUCACCUGCCCGCACGGUGGUUGCACCGAUCGGGAUUCGGGACACAGCGAAUGGAGGCCGCGGCAGCGCCUCGUUUGACCUACCCUUGUAUACUGCCCUGAGCUCGUACGGCACGGGGGAUCGCUGGAUGCCCACGUUCUCCGUCCGCCCGUCCGUCCGUCCAUGGAGCGCAGGUCAAAAGAAAAGAAUAGUUCAACAGCCAGAUGGGGCCGAAGUUGCCGUGUUGCUGGACUUGGAGGCACCUCCCCGUCUACGCCAAGCCACCAAUGGAGACGCGCACGGAGCGUAAUGGCGGUGCGUUCUUGACCGACCGGGCGGCCGAGAUGGACGGCCCUUACGUCGCCGUCGUCGGUCAGGCCGGCGGCGUCGAGGGCAGCAGGGUCGGCGCCACCAACAUCGGGAGGCUGCGGCAGGGGAAGGCGGCCAGGGGCGGCGUCAACGUCUCCUCGUGGCACCUCAGGGUGUUCGCCGCCGUGGUCGGGGUCAUGGGCUGCCUCCUGCUCGCCGCCUCCCUCGUCAUGUCCGCGCUUCACCAGGUGCAGUUCCGGAACGGCGCCAUCUCCGUCAACUUCAGGGGCCUCCAGGAGCUCAAGCACAAUUUCGUCAAGAAGGAGCAGUCAGAGCAGAUAAUGCAUGAAAGACUUCUACAGAUGGCAACUUUAGCCACCACCAAGAACGAGUCAGAUGAUGGAAAUUUCGCAUUAUGGGAGGAACCCUACAAACAGGCGCGCAAAUGGACGCCCUGCGCCGCCAAAUACACCUUGGAAGAAGAGCCUAGCGACGACAACAAUGGAUUCAUUCUGAUCAGCGCAAACGGCGGCCUGAACCAACAGCGCGUCGCCGUGUGCAAUGCUGUUGUCGUUGCAGCUCUGCUUAAUGCCACACUGGUUCUGCCCCGGUUUCUUCACAGCAGCGUGUGGAAGGACAAAAGUCAGUUCGGUGACAUCUACCAGGAAGACUACUUCGUGAACUAUAUGAAGAGCGAUGUGCUCAUCGUGAAAGAUUUACCGCCCCAUCUCCAGUCGCUGGACCUCGAGGCAAUCGGUAGCCAAGUUACCGACAACGACAUCUCCAAAGAGGCUGAACCAUCUGAAUUCAUCAGAACUGCACUCCCCAUUCUUCAGAAAAAUGGUGUUGUUCAUUUCCUCGGGUUCGGUAACCGGCUUGGCUUCGACUCGGUGCCUGCCGAUCUGCAGAGGCUGCGGUGCAGAUGCAACUUCCACGCUCUCAAGUUCGCCCCCGAGAUCCAGAAGCUGGGCUCGCUGCUGGUCCAGCGGCUGCGGGGGGUGAGCGCGAUGCAGACGGAGAUGGACAAGCAGCUGUUCGGAAGCAACAUGCUGGAGCGGCCGUUCGGGGAGAAGGGCGACGACGCCGGCGGGCCGAGCAGGUACCUCGCUCUGCACCUGAGGUUCGAGGAGGACAUGGUCGCCUACUCCCUCUGCGAGUUCGGCGGCGGCGAGGAGGAGAGGAGGGAGCUGCAGGCCUUCAGGGAGACCCACUUCCCGGCCCUCGUGACGCGCCUCCGGAACACCACGGUGUCGCCGGAGGAGCUGCGGAGCCAGGGGAGGUGCCCGCUGACGCCGGAGGAAGCCGGGCUCAUCCUCGCCGCGCUCGGCUACGACCGCGGGACGUUCAUCUACGUGGCCGGGUCGCAGAUAUACGGCGGCGCGACGCGGCUGCGCCCGCUCACGCGGCUGUACCCGAACCUGGUCACCAAGGAAGACAUCCUCUCCUCCGACGAGCUCGCUCCGCUCAAGAACUUCUCCUCCCGGCUGGCGGCGCUGGACUUCAUCGCGUGCGCCUCGUCGGACGUGUUCGCGGUGACGGACUCCGGCAGCCAGCUGUCGUCGCUGGUGUCGGGGCACCGCGUGUACCACGGCCGGGGCCGCGCGCCGACGCUGCACCCGAACCGGAAGCGGUACGCUCAGAUCCUCUCCGAGGAGGGCGGCAUCGAGUGGGCCGGGUUCCAGAGGAGGGUGAGGGCCAUGGUGGACGAGUACAAGCGGGUCCGCGCCCGGCCCAGGGGCCGGACCGUCUACCGGCAGCCCAGGACGCCCGGGUGCAUGUGCAGGGCCGGCGGCGACGACAGCAUCGACUUCUGAAUUUUCUGUUCUGACACGUUGCCCAUUCCUCUUUUUUUGUGGUUAUUUGUUUCGUUCUUUUGUGCAUACAUUAACUUGUAAUAUUUUUCUAUAUCUCUAGGGACAUGGCAGGUUCAGUUGAGAGGUAUAUAGUACAUGCAGUUUGAUAGAUUGUAACAGAGGGGUUUUGCUGGGGAGAGUUGUACAGAAAGUGACAUAUAUCAUGCUUAGAGCCUGUUCGGAUGCACUCCACUACUUCAAAUCUUCCACUCCACUCCCAGCUCCUGGACUGAUGGCUCCUUCCAACAAAUCGAGAGUUUAUAAGAUGUUUGGCAACUGACUCCACUCCAGGGAACGGCGCUAGUGGGUGGGCCGUCGAGCUCCUCCACUCCGUCGCCGGCCGCGUCGAGGUCGCCGACGUCGUCCCUCCCGGCGCUGGUCGUACUGCCGUGUGCGGACCCAUUGGAGCUCAUCCAGAGGCCGGCGCGGACACCGCUGCGCGGGCGUGUGCUGUACUUCUCGGCGGAGUUGCUGGCGGCACUCAAGGAACAAGCUAGGCAGGAGCUCCUGGAGGCCGGGAACGCGGCGGGUGCGGCCGCCCUGACGCGGUUCCAGACGUUGGGCUCGCUGAUGUGGCGGUGCGUCACCCGCGCUCAGCGGCUGGUCCCUGACCACGUGUCCGUGUUCCGCGUGGCCGUCAACAACCGAAGGUGGCUCCGGCCGGCGCUGCCGAGGGAGUACUUUGGGAACCGCAUCCACGUCGUCAGCAUAGAGUCCGCGCGCUCUUCAGACCUGCUGGGGCACGGCGGGCACGGGCGGAGGCAGCGGCCCUGGAGCGCGCGGUGGUGGCGUACACGGACGCGGCCAUCAGGGAGCACGUCGCGGCGCGGACGGCAAGCCCGCCAGGGAACAAUGCUAGUGGGUGGCGGCGGCGUGGCGCUUGGGUUCAAUGGUCGGAGAGUAGCUGCGAGAGAGAAAAAAAUUUCGAUCGAUCUGGCGAAGGGAGUCGCCCGCGGAGCUCGCUAUUAGCCACUCCGCCGAAUUGAAUUACAUGCAGCUCCGCUCCACUCUUUCUACUCCGAGGAGCGGUAGCGUUCGGCGCCACUCCGCCCGCUCCGGGCGCGGAGUUGCGGAGCGGAGUGCAUCCGAACAGGCCCUUAAUUACGUCUUACGAAUAUUAUUUCCUUUCGAAUGGUAUGAGAUAUACAACGAAAUUUAGGGAUUUUUUAAGAAAAUUC